UGUCUGUCAUAAUAUCAUCAUUUUUGUUUCGCGUUUUAAACUUUUAUUUUAUUUCUUGUAGGUAGUCGCUUGUCUUGCUCUUGGAACUUAUAACAAAAUAAAAGAUAGUUUAAAGAAACGAAAUUGAUCAAGAUAUAAUAAUUUACAUCUAAAAACUGUUUCCUAAUUUCACAACAAUUUCGCGAUGGGUGGAAAAUCGAAAAGAGACCGAACCAAAAAUAAUGCACGGCCGUCUAGCAGUGGGCGUAGUGCAGAGCUUCUUAUUAGCUCUACAAAGGAUUCAGCAAUAUUUGGCAUAACAACUGGCAAGCCGUUGACACCCAUCUUCCCUACACUGGCUGCUGUUAAUAUUGAGCAUGGCCUCAACACGGAAUAUGCAUUAUGUUUCAAAAAAUUCAAUAAAAAAGAUCCUAUAACUAAGACUAAGGCGCUGCAGGAGUUGCUGGAGCUGAUGAGGCACAGUGCCACCGAGGAGGCAGUCGCUGCGUUGCCAGCUUGGGCCCACUUCUAUCCUAUACUAAGUGUGGAUAUGGAUCGUAAAGUCAGAGAGUAUACCCAGGCGUGCCAGGCAGCUCUGGCGGCGCGCGCGGGCCGCCAGCUGGCGCCCCAGCUGCGCCGUCUUCUGCCCGCCUGGCUGCUCGCCGCCUGCGACGAGUACGGCCCUGCCAGACACCACGCCCACACCGCGCUCAUGAAUACUUUCCCGGAGGAGAAGCUGGGGAAGGCGAUAUCGUUCUGCAGAGAGGAGAUCAUCGGCGUGGUGCGCGACAACAUCUCCAGCGGUGGCGAGGGCCGGCUGCUUCUCAAGACGGAAGAGGAGGAGAGGAAGGCGCAUGGGAGGUUCAUAGUGGCGAGCAGCCUGGGCGCGCUGGCGCUGGUGGGCGCCGCGCUGCCGGCCGCGCGCUCUGACUGGCUGUGGGCGGCGCUGCAGCCGCUGCUGCGUGCGCGCGCCUUCUGGGCCCUCGCCCACGCCCACGACCACCGCCUACGCGCGGCGUGGUACGGCAUGGUGGGGAGCGUGUGGGCGCGCUUCGGGGCCCGAGUCGACACCGACUGCAGCCGCCGGGCGUGGCGCGCGCUACUGGCGCCGCCGCCCGCCGCGCCCACGCCCACAGAGACCAUGCCCGCCGCGCCCACGCCCACAGAGACCACGCCCGCCGCGCCCACGCCCACAGAGACCACGCCCGCCGCGCCCACGCCCACAGAGACCACGCCCGCCGCGCCCAUAGCGUCUGCCGCACAAGCCGCGCCGGCCGCCGACACGCCGCACCGCUGGGCCGCGCUGCUGCUGUUGGUGCACAACGCGCAGGAGUGGCGCGCGUGGGCUGACGACAAGGACCUCGCCCUCCUCGUCAAAAGGAUUCACGAACUUCUCCAGAAUGGCGGGUGGGGCGACGCCGCGCGCCUGGCCGAGCUGCUGCUCGCGCUGCUGCCCGCGCUGCCCUCCGCCGCGCGCACCGCACGCUUCUACAUGGACCUCUUCGACUCCAUGCUCAUCGGAUUAGAAAAGAAAAAUAUAAUGAGUUCGAUGAGUGAGCGACGAGCGUGGAGCCAGGCGCUGGGCGAGCUCCUCCGGCACGUGUCGGAGCGCGAGCCGGAGCUGGCGGAGGAGGUGGUGCCCGGCGCCCACCGCGCGUGGCUCGCCCGCGCCUUCGCCGUGCCCGACCGCCUCGCGCGCGCCGCCCUCCUGCGCAACACGGCCGCAGACUUCGCCGCCCUCGCGGCCACCUGGCUGCGGCGUGCGGAUCUCGCUUCCGACCGCCUGCUGUCCGCCUGCUGGGGGAACGUCGGCGACGCCCUGGCCGCCCACCUCGCCGACCACCUCCCCCCCCACACCGCCCACGACGCGGAGGUGGAGAGGGUGGCCGAGGACCACGUGCUGUUCCUGAGGUGCCUCAGGACGGCGUUCGGCCGAGACGAAAAAAAGAAGCGCGGCAUAAAAUUCGCCGGAGACGCCGACGACGAGCCCACGGUGCAUGCGGAGCUCGUCCCCGGCGCCGCCAGGUACCACCGCCACCUGCAGGAGACGGUGGAGCGCACCUGCGCGCUGUACCUGCAGCACGCCGCGCCCGGCCUGCUGCGCCCGCUGCACGCGCUGCUGGUGGAGUUCGAGAGCGGGCCGCUGCUGGCCGCGCUGGCCGCCCGCCUCGGCGUGCCCUCCGUGCUCGCCCUGUACGAGACGGUGCUGCGCGCCCGCCUCCAGAACGAGGGCGAGGACGGCCGGCCGCUUCUCGACGUCGUAUUCCUUCUGCUGAAGCAUCUCGACGACGAGGAGCAGGACGAGGUGUUCCGGUCCUUCGAACGGCUGCCGCCCCCCGCUCUGGAGUGGUGCGUGUCGCUGAGCGUGUCGCCCCCGCACUGCGCACCCCCAGCCGCCCGCCGCUGGCUGCGCGGCGCCCUGGUGCAGCGCGCGCUACUGGCGCUGGCGGCGCGCGCGCUCGACCCGCACGCCCCGCACGACCCGCACGCCCCGCACGCCGCCGACCUGCUGCUGCACUGCCUCGGACACGACCCUCAGGGAGAAAGUAUAACGAGCGACGAGACAAUAGGACUAAUUGUGGAACAAGUUUGCGAGGCCGUGUCGCUGGUGGCGGAGGGCGAGGGCCAGGGCCAGGGAGAGGGGCGGGAGGCGGCGGAGCGGCGCGCGCGCACGGCCGCGCAGGUGUGCAGCGCCCUGGCCGGCACGCGCAACGCGCACUGCGCGCGGCUCGCGCACGCGCUCUUCUCGCUGCAGCUGCACGUGCCCGUCGGGCUGGUGUCGCCGGACACGUGUGCGGAGGUGCGCUGCGCGUGGCGGGCGGCGCUGAGCGCGCUGAGCCCCGCCCCCGGGCGGCGGCUGCGGGCGCGCCUGGUGCGGCUGGUGCACGCGCACCUCGCACAGCGGUACGUGCACCUCGCCGGGGGGAGGAACAAUCUUAACGGAAAAUUUUGA